AUGCGACCUAUCCUCCGUGUAGCAUGGCUCAGACACGCAGCGCUCCUCCCCUGGCACCCCCGAACUCCUCCGCAAAGCCUCGUCCCCCGCCGAAUCGCGACCACGUCCGCCCAGAAUGCUGCGCCUGUCGACUUGCCUCGACUUAUCGUCAGAAAUGGACACAAAGGCCAUAACUCUCUCCCAACUUUCCUCGAAUACGUAAACCGCACGAACCUCGCUCCAUUAUCAUCCGUCUACAUUGGUACCCACUAUGAGUAUACAACUGCUCUUGCCUUCAUGCGUCUGGGCUUCUCUUUGCUCAGAGUUGGAUCAAAAAAUGAUGCUGGCAUCGACCUGAUUGGACACUGGGUUCUGGCGCCUCUGAGCGAGCCACUGCCUGUCAUCAUCCAGUGCAAGGCGCGCAAAUGCUCGCUCAGUCCAAGUCAUAUUCGAGAACUCGAGGGCUCAUUUCGAGGAACACCGCCAAAUUGGAAGGGUAAGCCUGUUCUAGGACUGUUGGUGACGACGCUCAAGGCUACAAAGGGCACGUUGGAUGCUAUGGCGCGGAGCCCGUGGCCUAUGGGCUUCGUGAUGAUGUCCAAGCAUGGACUUAUUCAGCAGUUUGUAUGGAACAAGGCUGCGUCUGAUCGGGGACUGGAAGGUGUUGGCGUUUCUAUGAGACAUACACCGCGUGCACUGCUGGCCGAGUCUGAGAUGUUGGAGGCAGAAGAAGAGCCGCCUCAGCGCAAGAAGCUUGCAUCCAAAUUCGCAAACACGGGCACACAGAAAGACAUUCAGUUGACAUGGAUGGGGUCGCCGAUCUUUUCCGAGCGAGACCAUCUGGACCAGGAUACGCUCGACAUGAUUCGCAUGAUUGAACUCGGCGAAGAUCGAAGCAUGAGACCUACAGCGCCAUUGGCCCAUCCAAGACGUGGACGUGGCCGGCCAAAGAAGGAAGAGGAUGCUACAAAAACUUCUACUCCAGCUAGGAAAGGACGGAAACCCACCCUACAUCUUGCCCCAUCGCCUCGGGGUGGUCAGAUCGCUGUGCCUAGAGGACCACCUAAGCCAAGGUGUGGCCGUCCGCCAGGCUCAAAGAACAAGCCCAAGGUCGAGAAAGAUGCAGGAUGA